AUGGCAAACGCUGAAACCCACUGGAAAAACAUUUCCUCAAACAAUUCCAAUGGAUCGCCCCAAGAUCAAAAUGAACUUCCCAUAUACACCUUGCCGGGAGUCAUCAAUUAUCUAACUUCAGAAUUCACCAACUUGGAACGGUUCAAGAUUGUCACGAAUUUGGAGAAAUCCGAGAUGAAAUACAAGAUUGUGCACUUACAAGGUGAACUCACGUCACUAAAAUUCAUCAAUCAAAAGCAGCAGACAAGGAUAAACGCGCUUGAAAAAGAAAAUGCGUUGUUGCGUGCGAAUAUCAAAGGCGAAGCAGUAGACACAAAGGAUAAUGACGAUGAUAAUGGUAAUGACGGUGAUGAUAACGUUGGUGAUAACUCAGCGGUGUUGCUGGAAGUGGGGAUCCAGCAAAUCAAGGAGUCAAAAGAACGCUUGAAAACAUCCACCAAGGAAAUCAUAACCUUGUUGAAACAACCAACUCCGCUCAACUUGCUCAAUUUACCCAGGGAAGAUGAAAACGAGUUCGAACCGUUGCUAAUAGAAAGACACGCUCCGCCGGCAACGCCUGAAAACUCAAACUCAAACUCGGUGGAUCGAGAUCAAGCUAAUAACGUCAUUGCCGAGUUUUUCAGCGAUGAUAGCCAGGAUUUCCUAAAUGCGGAAAAAACCAGCGAUGAAAAAGUCGAGCAGAUCAAAGUGGACGAUGACUUGGACGUCAAUGAAAUAUUGGAAAGAGCGAUAACUAACGAAAGCGACGACAUAACGGUGAUUGUAGAUGAAGAGGAAAAUGACGUUGCUGACACCCCUGAGCAAAAGACGGAAACGAAACUGAAACGGAAAAAGGGCAAGAAGAAAAAGUCUACUAAUAACACUGUAAAGGACUCGCCUGUUGAAAAGAAGGAAAAGUAG